CGCCUUUGUCAUAUGACUUAUUGGGAAGAAGUGUCGGUUAAAGAUGUAAGGCAAGAUAAAAGAGGAGAGGCUUUCGCGCGAUCGUUGCUGUGUGUUUCUGUUUUAUUUGAGACUGUCCGAGAAAAGAAGAAGAAGAAAUCCGAGGAGGAAGUCAAACAUGGCAGCAUGGCGGCUCUCUGCACUCUGGUUACUGCUCUCUGCUUUGGCGUCUUCGUGUGUCCUCACCGUCAACCCUCAGCAGAUUGACCCCCUGGUGUUUGAGGAGAAGCUGCUGUGGGUGAGCGGAGCCCAGGGCCAGAUCGACCCCCUGGUGUUUGAGGAGCAGCUGCUAUGGGUGAGUGGAUCCCAGGGCCAGGUGAACACUUACAGGAUCCCACUGCUCACCUUCACCCCCAAAGGAAGCCUGCUGGCAUUUGCAGAAGCCAGGAAGACUUCUUCUUCUGACAUUGGAGCAAAGUUCAUUGCAAUGCGGCGCUCCACUGACAAAGGAGCCACCUGGUCCCCGACCAGCUUCAUCGUCGAUGACGGGAUGAAGCCGGACGGCCUGAACUUGGGCUCUGUUGUGGUGGACGAGGAAGUGGGCUCAGUGAUUCUGAUCUACGACGUGUGCUUCUACCUCUACCACUGCAGCCCACCCAGCAUCAUGAUGGUGGAGAGCCUGGACGACGGCCUCAGCUGGAGCCCGCCCAGAAACCUCUCGGUUACGCUCGGGGUGAAGAACUUCAUUCCCGGGCCGGGCCUCGGCCUCCAGAAACGCUUCAAUCCCGCAAAGGGGAGGUUGGUGGUUUGCGGUCACGGGACGCUGGAGGGCGACGGUGUUUUCUGCAUCCUGAGCGACGACCACGGGGAAACCUGGUACAACGGUGCGGCGCUGAAAAGCAUCCCCUACAACCAGAAGAAGAAAGCACAAGACUUUAACCCUGAUGAGUGCCAGCCGAUUGAGUUGACUGACGGCACCAUCGCCAUCAACGUGCGGAACCAGAACAGAUACCACUGUCAGUGUCGCAUUGUGGUGCACAGCUAUGAUGGAGGGUUGACCCUGCCCUUGGAGGGCCUGAUCUUUGACGAGGCACUGGUGGAUCCUGUAGUGGCAGCUGGAACUCUGCAAAAAGAGGGCGUGAUCUACUUCACCAACCCCUGCAACGAGGAAAAGAGAGUGAACCUAACCUUGAAAUGGUCGCUGACAAACGGCAAAUCUUGGGAGAAGAAAGCCGUGCAGAUAUGGUCGGGACCGAGCGGCUACUCCUGCAUCACUUCACUGGACAGCGGUUCUGCAGAGGACCGCAAGUACAUCUAUGUCAUCUACGAGAAAGGCCACAAUCAGUAUUUCGAGACCGUCUCGUUCGCCAAGAUCCACCUGUAUAGUGGCCAUUAAAGCAGACGAGGAGAUUGAAACACUGCAAGAAGACUAAGAGGGGUUUUUAAUCCAUCGAAUUUCUCAGGAACACAAAGAGACUUUUAAACUAAUUUUAUGAUGUCAAAAAAAUAGAGAGAUAAGAAUCUGCACAAUGAAUGUCACACUAUUUUUGAUUAAAAAUCUUUUUUCUAUUUUUUUUCUAUCCUUUACAUUUUCCAAAGCUGAUUUAUGUCACAAGUCUUAUGUGUGUUUUGAUAAAUAGCUGCAGAGCCACAAUAUUCUGACAGACUCCUGACCUCACACAGGAAUGAUGAAGCAAGAGAUGCUGAAAAAACUACCACCACUUUCUUUUCUGAGCUACCUUACUGAUAUAUCAUUGAAAUGGCGGUAAAACUGACACAGUCAUAGAUAUCUGGCUUCAACCAGGCCACGGCGCGUGCACAGUGUGGCCAAAAAUCUAGAGCUGCAUAGAGACGUCAAACUCAUUUAAAUCGUGGGCCUGACCAGUGAAACCCCCUUUUCUGUCACUGUAAAGAAUUUUAACUGCACAUUUAAUCCCUGAGAUCUCCUAAUAUAAGAAAAAGAAGACCAACUUCAAAAGUAUGUAAAUAAUAGAAAAGGUUCUGGUUGCUCAUUGGCCAGACUGUCAGUUAAUUUUAAAACAGAAAGUUGAAUGGCCAUCGGGGAGGUCUUUACUAGUAGUAAAAGUUGUGAAAAUGCAAUUAAAAGACCAAAAUUUAUGCGCACCUUCACAUUUUCCAAAGCUGCUCAGCGGGCCAAAUGGAGUCUGUGCCAGUCUGAUUCUAGUCCCCGGGCCUUAUCUUUGACACCCCUGGUGUAGUCACAUAAGUGAACUUCUUAAAUAUACAAGAUGCCUCAAAUUCAUGCUGACUGAAAUCAGUUCUGCUUUUAGAAAACUGAUGUAAAAUAUUAAAUUCAGGUACCUGUGUGAUCGAAUGUGUGAAAAAAACAAGGUGCUUAAUGUAACCAAAGGAACUAUAUUUAGAUUUAUAUACAAAAUGCUGCAUUUUUUUUACCUGUGGGUUUUAAAUGUCCAGUUGAGUCCAUUAGAUCUGCUGUAAUAAUAAUAAUAAUGAUAAUAGUUUCCGUUCCUGCUUUGGGCUACUAAAUAUAGACGUCCCCUGAAUGUGUGUACUGUAAUUGCAUUUAUGCAACAUUUUUCUGGUCUUAGACCACUCAGAGCACUUUAAACUACAAGUCGGGUACAUUAAAUGUGAUGUAGCUGAUUUUCUUCCUUGUAAUGAAAUUGUUCUUGUUUCUGUUUCUAUGAUGGAAAAAUUUGUUUGUCUGAAAUUACAGCAAAACCAUAGUUAAAGAAAGAAUGUCACUUUAUGUUUUCUCUGGGUGCCUGUUUGAUAUAAAUAUGGCUCCAAUGUAGGAAAGAAUUUCCUUUUUUCCCCAGUUUUAAAUUGUAAAAUGUUUAUUUCCUCUUUUUUUGGAGCGUACUUCUGUUUUUAUUGUUUAUCCAGGGAUUUAGUUGAGAUGUGAAAACGGGGAUUUUUGCAGAGGAUCUUCACUAAUCAGCUGUACAGCAAAUAAACAAAUAAACUGUUUCAUGAAGUUGUGCAUGUGAAGUUGGAUUUUUUAAAUAUUAUGUUAAAGAAAAUCUUCCUUUUACUUUCAGAUUUUUCUGCAUCAUUUUUGCAAAGUGAGUUUGUUUGUGUGUGAAUGACGUAAUAAAACUGUUUUUGUAUGUAAGGAGAAUAUGUUGUUGUUUUAGUUAUCUAUUGUAAAUGUCCAGUUGGGUUAAGGAUGGCUACUAUUUAUAGAAUAAAUAAACGAUCCUGAUCGUUGGAAGCACAGAAAAAAAGUCAUAGAUGUACAAUUUAACCCUUAAAAUAUGCUGUUUAUUGGCCAACCACACAGGGAAAUGCAUCCAUAUGACACUGUAUUUUGUACUAUAUAUAAGCGUUAUGUUUUAUAUGUAUCUAAAUCUUUAUGCAUACACUCUUUGAAUAAAAUCUACAGUUUGA